AUGUCGAAGAAAUAUUCGCUUGAAAAGUCCGACUCCCGACACGGCCACAUCACCGUGAUAGACGCCGAGAAUAAUGGCAAGUAUUCCAAAGACGAGGCCGACAUGCAUGCGGAGGAUGUGAACGGUUACAACCGGCAGCGGCGGAUGUCGAGCUACGGCGGUGGGCGGCGUACCUCGUUGGGCGUCAUCGAGGGGCCACCUGGACGCCGGAUGUCGCUCCACCCCACUGCUGGCAUGACGGAAGCGGAAAAGGCCGAAUACGUUGCGGACGUGACUGAGGACGGCAAGGUCAAGUUCAACAAGCUCAGUUGGCUUCAACUCACCAUCGUACUGGUCGUCACCGCUGUGGCGCUCGGGACGCUGUCCAUGCCAGUCGUCUUUGCAUCCCUCGGCAUGGUUGGAGGUGUUAUCCUGACGAUUGUGAUGGGCUUGACGGCAGUGUACACCUCAUACGUUAUCGGCCAGGUCAAGAUCAAGUAUCCCCAGGUAUACCACUACCCGGACAUUGGCACACUCCUCCUUCCCGGCAGGGCUGGCGUGGCCUUCCGCAAGUUCCUCCAGGUCUGCUUUGUGGUAUUCCUCGUCCUGAUCGUCGGGAGCCACUGCCUCACUGGUCAGAUCGCGUUCAGGACCAUCUCGGACAAUGACACCCUCUGCAAGGUUGUGUGGAGCGUCGUUACCAUGAUUCUCCUAUUCGUCUGCGCUCUCCCCCCGUCGUUCGCUGAAAUGUCGUUCCUCGGCUACGUCGACUUUGUUUCCAUCAUGGCGGCCGUCUUUGUCACCCUCGUUGCCACGGGUAUCCAGGCCCGUAAGAAGGGGUGGGAAACGGGCUGGACAGCAACUGCACCAGACAUCUCCUUCGCGUACGGCAUGCUUGCUGCUACUAAUGUGUUGUUCGCGUACAGUUUCGCGGUGGCUCAGUUCUCAUUCAUGGAGGAGAUGUCGAACCCGAAAGACUUCCCCAAAUCGAUCUUCACCCUGGGUGUAAUCCAGAUUACGAUCUACACUACUGUCGGCGCUCUGGGCUACGCAUUCGUCGGGCCGGACGUCAAAUCCCCCUCCCUUCUCAGUGCGGGACACACCGUUUCUCGAGUCGCGUUCGGGGUGGCCCUCCCCGUCAUCUUCAUCUCCGGCUCGAUUUGUGCCGUGACCGCCGGCAGGUUCAUCAUGGACCACGCGUUUGCGAACAGUACCGUCCGCUACGUUAACACACCCCGUGGGUGGGUUACCUGGAUCGGCAUCAUUGGAGCGUGCUGCAUUACCGCAUGGAUCAUCGCGCAGGUCAUCCCGGUCUUCUCCCCGUUACUGGGUAUUAUCUCGGCUCUGUUCAACUCGGCGUUCUCGCUCUACCUUCCAGGCUGGAUGUGGUUCAAGCUUAUUCGUCAAGGCGGUUGCUUUUCGAGCACCAAGAACAUCAUUCUCACGAUUGUCAACAUUAUCGUCAUUAUCUUUGGCCUCGUCAUCUUCGGCGCGGGCACAUACGCGUCUGUCUUCGACAUGGUCGAAUCCUACAAAAAGACGAGCGCGGGCAAGCCGUUUGCGUGCCACUAG